UUUCCUGUUUAAGACAUCUUUUUGCCUGUUUAUUAUCACUUUACUUUGCAUGCAACCAGUGGAACGCUGCAUCGUUUUUCUGAGUGCCGUUCCCUGUUUCAGAUUCUCACUGCGCACUUUUGUGUCUCUCCCUCUCUGUUUGCCAUCCCCCUGUCCUCUUGCCUGCGGCCUUUUUCCAGCUCGCUCCUCCUCUUCUUCUUCAUCCUCAUCAUCUUCUGUCUCCUUCGCACUCCCUCAUGCCACCCUCGGCUCUAACGCGGCUCGACUGCGCCUCUCCUCCUCCGCCGCUCCGUCCGUGGACCCGGCGGCGGUGGCGGCGGCCGCCGUCAUCUUCGCGUCUUCCGAAGGGCCCCUCGGGGCGGAGCGCCCGGCGCUGCCGCCGCCGGUGACGCUGCUGCCGCCGCUCCUCUCUGAGCAGAACCAGAGUUGGUGCGGCGUGCAGCCUGUGCACCUGUUCUGCCGCGCCAGCGGUCCUCCGGAGCUCUCCGUCACGUGGGCGCGCGACGGCCAGCUGCUCAGCAGAGUGGACUACCACGUGGACGUUGUCCCCUCGCACGGAGGCUCCCUCGCCGUCGCCACGUCCUGGUUGAGGGACGCGGCGCCGGGGGACGUGACGUACACCUGCUCCGCUCGUUGGCGGGGGCAGGCCAAGUCCUCGAGUGCGCUCGUACGACGGGCAGGCUCUGACGCAGAUUAUCAGGAUGCAUGGAAUAUGGAGUUUGUACGAUGGAAAAGUGCAGCUCGUGACCACGCCAAGAUGAUGCACCUUUGGAAAAAAGCCUUGACGGAGAGCUGCCUCGUGGAUCGCGAUGGAAACUAGCCCCAUUAUUCCGGGAGCUGCUGCGCUGGGCGGCUGCACACAAAACCUCCUCCUCCUCCUCUUCCUCCAGCCCGGCACCAUGGCAACGCGGCUCCUCUCUCUCUCUCUACAGAGGAGCCAAACGUAGGAGCCGUCCCUUUAACUCAGGGCUGCGUGCUCCCACUCUCAUUAACUGCUGCAUUGGAGCGGCUGCAACGGUAUAUGUGAAACUAUACACUGAGUAGUGUACGCUGCACACACGUUUACACACUCGCGCACAUUCACAUCUUGUACGUGUAUAUAAAAAGAAGUGUUGCUUAUUGGGUUUUGUGUGUUUUUCAGCUGUGAGAUAUAUUUGAAAAUAAUUUGGCAAAAAGAUGGUUUUUUUCUUUAUUUGUACAUGACUGGGGGAUGAAGUAAUCUUUAAAGAUGACGGUUGCUUAUCUAGUUAGUCUCCAGCAAAGGCGCAUUCACAAAAUAUGUUAACUUUAUCUUCCAUUUUAUAAAAAAAAAUUUAUACUUACCAAUUUCUAUUUACACACACAUAUACCGUACGUGUACAUGCAGAC